CUACUAUGGCCGCACGCAGCCUUGCCGUGGCGAAGGACGCGGUCCGAUGCUUGAAACAAGGCAAUCUGGCGUCUCGGCCGCGACGACUCAUGCAUCAUCAAACCAGACCGAACCCGUCUGCAAUGUAUAUGGACUUAGCACAAGCCGGAAGCCCCGCGACCUCAACAACGCCCCUGGACAUCCCAGACACACAAAGGAAUACUCUGGAACGGGCCCUCCGGGUUGAUCAGGCUGGCGAGCUGGCUGCUAAUUACAUAUACGCCGGCCAGAUGGCAGUCCUUGGCCGGGAUCGCGCAGUUGGACCUCUCAUUCAGGAGAUGUGGGACCAAGAGAAGAAGCAUCUCGCCGUGAUGAACAAAAUGCAGCUUCAACAUCGUGUUCGGCCCACAGCUCUAUGGGACGUUGCUCGGGUCGCUGGUUUCGGGCUAGGUGCAGCAACAGCAUUCAUGGGGCGAGAAGCAGCAAUGGCAUGCACUGAAGCUGUGGAGACUGUUAUCGGGGAACAUUAUGACGACCAAUUGCGGGAGUUCAAGUCUCUCCCUCAGUCUCAUCCAAGUGUACCCGUCCUCAAGGGUGUCAUAGAGGAGUUCCGGGACGACGAGUUGGGGCAUCUUGAUAUAGCAGUAGAGAAUCAUUCUCAGCGGGCUCCGGCGCACGCACUCUUGAGUACCAUUGUAGGUGCGGGAUGCAAGGUAGCUAUUGAGCUAUGCAAGAGAAUAUAGAGCAUGCCGCUGAAUUGAUUCU